CUUUUGAUUUAUGGCUUUUCGUAGUGCCAAAAUAUUUCUCACUUAUCUAGCUAAUGUCCAAUUAAUCUGUGGACUGGGCGUACCAUAAUAAUCUGUGGGACUGGUUAUAACUUUAUAAACAACUUUUGAAAUUUUUGAAAGUACAAAUAACUAUUCAAAAAAUAAUCGCUAGAAUACUCAAGGAUAUGCCUCGUGGGAAAAUGAAAUUAAUUGCAGCAGGCAUCGAGUCUGAUAGCAAAAUAAAAAUAAAUCCUUCAGAAGACCUUGGAGUAGAAUCCCAAGUUGUUGUCCCCGAUUUGAAAAAAUUUAAAUUUGAGAAAAAGACUCAUGUGAAAAUAGAGUUCGAAAAGGAUUCUCCGACUAAAUGGGACGACAAAGGCCUAUGGGAACCACCAAAUUGGAAAGAAUUUCUAGUUAACUUGAGGAAUAUGCGGUCCAAUAAUGAUGCUCCAGUGGACUCCAUGGGUUGUCAUAUGUGCAUGGACGAAGAUGCUUCACCAAAGGUCACAAGAUAUCAAAGUUUAAUAUCACUGAUGUUGUCAAGUCAGACAAAGGAUCAAGUGACAUUUGCAGCUAUGGAGCGCCUACGGGCAAGAGGACUAACUGUGGACAGUGUGCUAAACAUGACAGAUGAAGAGUUAGGCAAACUGAUUUACCCUGUUGGCUUUUGGAAGACCAAGGUGAAUUACAUAAAGAAAACAACGCAGACCCUGAAAGAUCAUUAUGACAGUGAUAUACCUGACUCUGUGGAUAAACUCUGCAAAUUGACUGGAGUUGGACCAAAAAUGGCACAUAUUUGUAUGAAAGUUGCAUGGAAUAAAGUCACUGGUAUUGGUGUAGACACACAUGUUCAUAGAAUAAGCAACAGAAUAGGCUGGGUAAAAACCCCCACUCGCACACCGGAGGACACACGAAAAUCACUAGAAACUUGGUUACCAUUAGACUUAUGGAGUGAAGUAAAUCAUUUAAUGGUUGGAUUUGGACAAACUAUAUGUUUACCGAUAGGUCCUAUGUGUCAUGAAUGUUUGAACAAUGAUAUCUGCCCUUCUAGUGGUAAGGGAAGGAAAUCACCCAAUAAGAAAUCCCCUAGGAAAGUAAAAGAGGAGAUAAAAGUUGAGAAAGUUGAAUUAGAAGAUGUAAAAAAGUCCCUUAGGAAAGUAAAACAGGAGUUAAAAGUUAUAGAUGUACAAACAAACGAUAAUUCAACAGUGAUGAUAAAUCAAACAAAUUAUAAAGAAAAGAAAUCACCUUGUAGAAGAUCUCAAAGGAAAAUAAAAGAAGAGUUAGUUGAAGAAGAUACAAGUAAUACUGGGAAAGAUAUACAAAUUAAUGAUUCAACAGUAAGUCUAUUAAAUGAUCUAAGGACAAAAACUUCUAACAAGAAGUCCCCAAAGAGGGAGAAAGGAAAUAUUAUAGAUCAAAAUAUUGACUUAGAGGCAUCAAUGAAUUCUGUAGAAGAUACAAAAAUGAAAAAGGUUAAUAGAAAAGUAUUGAGUCCAAGUAGAAUUACAAUAGAAGUUAAAAAUGCAGAAAAUGAAGAGUAUCAAAAAAGCAAAACAUUGAAUACAAAUAAUAAAACUUUGAACAUAGACAAAAUAAUUACAGGAACAAAAACACUUGAAAGUAAGCCUGAUGAAUCAAAAAAUAGUCAAAAAAGAAAGUCACCUAAACAAGCAAAUAAAAAUACUUCCACAGAAAAAUCAAGUAAAAAAAAGAAAUAGCCAAAAAACAAGAAAAAAAAUCUGUGAAUAAAGUUUUUGUCUUCUGUGUAUUAUGCAAUCAGCUGUAAUAUUUAAGUUUUUUUCCAUUGAUUGGGCAUGUUUAAUUUUUAAGAAUUAGAAAUUAAAACCAUGUUAAUUAAGAUGAAA